CGGACGGAUUUCCUUUUCGGCUGCACAUUGUUAUUAUUUUGUCGAUUGUGUGGCUUUCAGUGAACAUGUGUUGUUAAAUACGGUGCGUGCAUUACGUUCCAAUCCAACUUUUCAUUUGGAGACAGCCAAUAGAGUUGCUGGGAAUAUAGUCUGCUAUCUCGAAGCUAUUAGCAAAACAUAGUUUAGGUUGGUUGGCUAGUCUUUUGGCUAGUCUAUCGUGAACCCAAUGGAUCGUCUCGCAUCAUUUGGGAGUGACCCGUUCAAGCCACCGUGCCGGGGUUGCUCCACUUACCUGGUGGAGCCUUUUAUCAAGUGUGCAGAAUGUGGACCACCGUCCUUCUACCUCUGUCUUCAGUGUUUCACCAGAGGAUUUGAGUAUAAAAAACAUCAAAGUGACCACAAAUACGAAAUCAUGCAGACGUCAGAUUUCCCUGUGCUGGAGCCUGGCUGGACGGCUCAGGAGGAGAUGGCUCUCUUGGAGGCUGUGAUGGACUGCGGCUUUGGGAACUGGCAAGACGUGGCGUAUCAGAUGCGCACCAAGACCAAGGAGGAGUGUGAGUGCCACUACAUGAAGCACUUCAUCAACAACCCCCUCUUCUCCUCCACACUGCUCAGCCUCCGGCAGAUGGAGGACGCCCGCACCGCCGACUCCGCCAUCCCCUUCAAACCCACAGAUGACCCACCCAGGCCCACCUUUGACUCGGUCCUGUCCAGAGACAUGGCGGGGUACAUGCCUGCCCGAGCGGACUUCAUGGAGGAAUUUGACAACUAUGCUGAAUGGGAUCUGAAGGACAUUGACUUUGUGGAUGAUGACUCGGACAUCUUACACGCCCUCAAGAUUGCAGUCGUUGACAUCUACCAUUCAAGGUUAAAGGAGAGACAACGCAGAAAGAAAAUUAUUCGGGACCACGGGUUGAUCAACUUGCGCAAGUUCCAAAUUCUGGAGCGGCGAUACCCUAAGGAGGUGCAGGACCUGUACGAGGCAAUGAGACGUUUCGCCCGCGUGGUGGGGCCAACCGAACACGACAAGUUCAUUGAGAGUCAUGCAUUGGAGUUUGAGCUGAGGAGGGAGAUCCGGAGGUUGCAGGAGUACAGGGAGGCAGGAAUACGCUCCUUCUGCAGUGCGAAGGUGUAUGAGCGUGUGAAGCGUGUGCGUGAGGAGGAGCGGCGUAAGAGGACCAUGCUGUGUGAUGCCAUCCAGUACAUCCAGGACGGACGCGCCUGUCGCCAGUGGCUACACAAGCAGGCCGCCAUAGAUGCUGGAAUCACCCCCGUCGUCACUACAAUCACCACAACAGGAACAGGUCGUAGGAGCGCCCCUCCCCUCAACCUCACAGGCCUGCCUGGCACAGAGAAGCUCAAUGAAAGAGAAAAAGAGCUGUGCCAGGUGGUGCGUCUGGUGCCGGGUGCCUAUCUGGAGUAUAAGCAGGCUCUGCUGAACGAGUGCCGUCGGCAGGGAGGCCUCCGGCUGGCCCAGGCCCGCUCCCUCAUCAAGAUUGACGUCAACAAGACACGCAAGAUCUACGACUUCCUCAUCAAGGAGGGCUACAUCAACAAGGCCUGAGGCCCCACGUUGUCUGGUUAGACCAGGGCUGGUAGUGGCGUUCCAAGACGCUGGUUCAGCAGUACACCAGGAUCAUGUAACCUGCAGAUAGUGGUCAAAUCAUGAAAAGAAGAGCAACUGAUAAUACAUCUUAACUAAAUGACACCUGCAAGCUACACUAUAAAACAUUGCAAGCCAGUUGAAUGUAAAAAGGUAAGUUGCCCCUGCUGCCUCAAGUUUGUGAGAUGACUAAACUUGAGGCUUAACUGAACUCGAGAAUUUCUCAAGUAACUUAAGUAACUUACAAACUUAAGGCAGCAGGGCAAGUUACUUUUUGACGUUGAACUGGCUUGAAAUGUUUUACAGUGUAUGUAUGACAACUUCUUGCAGGUCAAGUUAGCCAGGUUUAUCACUUAACCAAGUUCUUGGAAUACCCCCCUCAGAUCCUCGGUGCUUGUGCAGCUUUUUAUUCCAUUUUGUACAGAAGCUCUGAGUUUGAUUAGGAGGAUGUGUAUCACUGUCAAGCCAGACUCCACUGCUCAAAAUGAAGGAAAGUGUUGUGCAAUUGUUUACCAGACCAAAGCGGACUAUGUUCACGAAGAGUAUAACGUCAAAGUGAGAACAUUUAAGUGGGUAUUAAUCCACCCUACUCUUAGUGACCCGUGAGUUCAGAGAGCUGAGCUGUGGAUUGAAUCACACUGAUGUCUCCUGUCUCAACUCUCGCUUUAGAUCUUGAAACAACAACAAAAAAACCCUUUCGAACUGAUCUCAUGUCAGUUGUAAGUCCAUUGAUGCCAGUCUUGCGCCACUAAAGCCAAUCAGCUGUGCGGCAUGGCGAAUCGGCCAUCUUGGAAGAGGCACAGGGCUUUUAUACAGUUUUUUUCUUUGUGAUUGAAAAUAUGAACUUGUGUUGUAUAUAGUGCUUCCACGUAUUGUGUUGCGUUACUGUCUGUACUGUAGAGAGUCUCACAGUUUUAUUGGAAUAUAUAAAUAAGUCAAUAAAGGUUUUUUUUUUAUUUCAAA